GAAAAAUUAGGAAAAAAGGGAUUUCCGUUGCCGGGACUUGAACCCGGGUCUCUCGGGUGAGAGCCGAGUAUCCUAACCAACUAGACUACAACGGAGAUGUUAUACAACGGACAUUUUCCUUUAGUAUUGUAAGAGUUGUCUCUGACUCAUGAACUUGGAAUAUCUAAUGGCAGUCGUGUGUAACAAAUCGCUGCCACAGAAGAUAGAAGGAGGAAGACGCAGUAAAGUCCAUAAUCCACAGAAAAUGCUCAGCAACCAUACUUCUUGGCACUCUAUUGAAAUUGAGAAAAAGAAAGAAAGAAGAAAGCAGAAACACACAGUACACAAAGAAUUGAUGAAGAUGGCAACAGAGAGAAUUUUGACUCUAACAAAGCCUUAUGAGAAGAAGUUUACUUCUAACUUUUGCUAUCUUUCCCAGAAUAAAUGUGUUAGAUUUGUUCAAACGACUUGGAGUUAGCUGGAAGCUUGUUGAGAGUGCCCCUAUUCCCUUCAUCAAAUGAACAAGUGUGAGCUUGUCCUCCAUAUUCCAAUAAUACAUGCCUCACAUGCAUGUCAUACACGCCAUUGAUGCUAAUAUUUAAUGUUGUAGCAGUACAAGAAUGGCAAUUCCCUCCUGUAUAAGCAUUUGAUUACUCGUACUCCUACCGGGCUGUGACGGGGAUAUGUGGUUACCAUUUCAGCAAUAACAAACAUUAAAAGGGAAGAAACAAAGAAAAGGAAAGAUGUAGUCCAGUGGUUGUUUGUUCUGGGGUGUGGUCCAACCAGUUGAGUGGUUCCUGAGUCAGGGACAUUGUUUUCUUGAAAUUUAUGGGCAAUCGUUGAAUUCGGCUCUACUCUUGUUGUCCUUAUUGACGUACUAUGAGAUUCAUAAUGUGCUCACUUUUCCUUGAUUAGAGUAGAGGUGGAAUAUAUUUGUAGAUUUUUUUGGGCAUGAUGGACCCGAAUGAAAUGGUCACCUUGUGAGCAUUCUUCAGAUGUUACACGUAAAAGAGAAGAAAUUCACAUUUAUGUCUGCGAAUUUAAUGUCAA